UUCAUGUCCAGACCUUGGGCUCUGCACACUGCUUUGGCAAUACUGGUGAAAUCACAUUUCUGAAGCUCCAGUGCCAAGCCCAGAGAGCAUAGAUGGAAUGCUGAAUGAGGCAGUCCACCACAGUUUCUCUUACCUCUACGAUCUUCCAAUCAUCAAAGUACCCGGCAAGACCUUUAUAGCAGUGAAGACAGCUAUUGACGAGGGGUACCGGCAUAUUGAUGGGGCCUACGUCUACCGAAAUGAACAUGAAGUUGGUGAGGCCAUCAGAGAAAAGGUGGCAGAAGGGAAGGUAAAGAGGGAAGAGAUUUUCUACUGUGGAAAGUUAUGGAGUACAGACCAUGAUCCAGAGAUGGUCCGCCCAGCCCUGGAAAGGACCCUGCAGACCCUCAAGCUAGAUUACAUAGACCUUUAUAUCAUUGAGAUGCCCAUGGCCUUUAAGCCUGGAGAGGAAUUUUAUCCUAAAGAUGAGAAUGGCCGAGUGAUAUACCACAAAUCAAAUCUGUGUGCCACGUGGGAGGCACUGGAAGCUUGCAAAGACGCUGGCUUGGUGAAAUCCCUUGGGGUGUCUAAUUUUAACCGCAGGCAGCUGGAGGUCAUCUUGAACAAGCCAGGACUCAAGUACAAGCCUGUCACCAACCAGGUGGAGUGCCACCCGUAUUUCACCCAGACAAAACUCUUGAAGUUCUGCCAGCAGCAUGACAUCGUCAUUGUCGCAUACAGCCCCUUAGGGACCUGUCGCAACCCGUUAUGGGUGAAUGUAUCUUCUCCACCCUUGUUAAAGGAUGAACUCCUAACCUCGCUGGGGAAAAAGUACAAUAAGACACAAGCUCAAAUUGUGUUGCGUUUCGACAUCCAGCGAGGGUUGGUUGUCAUCCCUAAAAGUACUACCCCUGAAAGGAUCAAAGAAAACUUUCAGAUCUUUGACUUCUCUCUCACCAAAGAAGAAAUGAAGGACAUUGAAGCCUUGAAUAAAAACGUGCGCUUUGUGGAGAUGCUCAUGUGGAGUGAUCAUCCUGAAUACCCAUUUCAUGACGAAUACUGAACAUGGAAAUUUCUUCAGUGGAGUUUUUUUUGUCUUUCAUUCGGGAUCUUGAGCUGAUUAAUCCCCUCCAGUCGUAGAAAUAAAUGGGGUCUUGCUAUCUUCAGAUUAAGUUGAGCAGAAUACACCAUGCUUAACUUGUGUAUAGUAUUAAUUCAACUUAGCUCUGAUGAAGAGAAGAUUUAAAUAUAUCUAAAUAGUUUGUUGGAAAAUGCUUUACUAGUAUCUUUAGCUCAAUGUGUUCUAGAUUGUUGAUGGAAAUUACCGAACUUUAAUUCAAAAAUAACAAAAUAUAUAAAAUACAAGAUACAAUAUAAAAUAUAAAAUACAAAAAUAUAAAAACAGGUUCUAACCCAGGAGUCUGAGACUACCAUAGGGAGUUUGAUUUGUUUAGCAUUUAGCAGGACAACAAAGAGGUUGGCAUGCUUCCAGGUGCUGACCAUAACCAUGACCCAAACAAGGUCAUGGACACAAGAUGGACACAGCCAAGACACAAAUCCACAUACCAAUAUUAAUGCACCUUGAGUAUAGACAGAACUGGAAGUCUAGAAAGUCCUAAAGAAGAACAUAAAGCAGGAUGUCCCGGGGCUAGAGGUUCUCACUGGAGGACUUGCCUGGCAGACUGGAGACCCAGGGUGAGGGUGUGGGUGAGGACUAUCAGCAAAGCCAUAACGAUUCUGUUUUUACCCUUUGUUUCCAUCCAGUGUGCCCAUUCAGCUUUUAAUGUGCUUGAAGGACAGACAGUUACCGAUUCCUUCUUAAAUUGUUUUUGUUCAGGGCAGUGGGGAAUUGAGACAGGGUCUCAGGUAGUCUGCUCAUGUAGCUGCUUACAAACUUGCUGUGCAGCUGAGACCAGUUUUGAAUUCUGAACCCCUGGUCUCUCUUCCAUUUUUCAUGGCCUGAGCUUCCACCUGACUGGUAAGCCCCACUUGUACUGUGCUGUAAUCAUUCUUGCCCACAUUCAUCAAGGAAACCACCAUGUAAAGUGGCAAGAAACAAUCAAUAUAUACAAACCAAGAUUUGUAUCAUAAAAUGGUCUGAAGAUGGUGAUUUUUAAAAGAAUGAUAUUUUAAAAUAGCCCAUUUCUUUCUUUCUUUCUGAAUCUUUUAAAAAUUAUUUUUAUUUUAUGUGCAUUGGUGUUUAGCCUGCAUGUGUAUCUAUGAGAAUUGUUUGAACUCAUGGAACUGGAGUUACAGACAGUGGUGAGCUGUAGGUAGGUGCUGGGAAUUGAACCCAAGUCAUUGGGAAGAGCUGCAAGUGCUCUUAACUGCUGAGCCAUCUCCCCAGCCCCCAAAUGAAUUUGGGAAAUACUAGAAGAUAAAGCUUUGUAAAAGUAGUUUUUUAAGAUCUUAAGAAUAUAUUGAGGUAGCUAUCUGAAUUUUGACAAAGCUGCAAGUUCUUUUUUUUAAAUUGGAUUUUUAAAAAUUUAUUUACAUUUCAAAUGUUAUCCCCUCUCCUGGGUUCCCAUCCACAGACCUCCCUAUCUCAUCCCCCCUCUCCCUUCUUCUAUGAGAGUGUUCACCCACCUACCCACUCCUUCCCUCCUCCCUGCCCUGACAUUCCCCUACACUAGGGGGUCGAGUCUUGGCAGGACCAAGGGCCUCUCCUCCCAUUGGUGCCCAACAAGGCCAUCCUCUGCUACAUAGGCAGCUGGAGCCAUGGGUCUGUCCAUGUGUACUCUCUGGAUGGUGGUUUAGUCCCUGGGAGCUCUGGUUGGUUGGUUCUGUUGUUAUGGGGUUGCAAACCCCUUCAGCUCCUUUAAUCCUUUCUCUAAUUCCUCCAUUGGGGACCCUGUUCUCAGUUCUAUGGUUGGCUGUGAGCAUCCACCUGUGUAUUUGUCAUGCUCUGGCAGAGCCUCUCAGGAGAAUCAGGCUCCUGUCAGCAGAGCACAAGUAAUUUUAGCGUAUAUAAAUUUUUAAAAAGUGAAUUAAAUGAUUACAACUGUAUCUAUUUUUAAUUCAUCUGAAAUACAGUACAUUUGUUUAUAUUAGAUCACUUCCAAAGGGUGAGAGAAUUCUUCAAAAAUAAUAUAUUUUUAAUAUCAAUAGAAGAAAUCAAAUGGCCCAAAGAGAAACAAGUUUUUGAGAAAUUAUCACUUAAAAAAUGUGAUCAACAUGAACCAUUUUUGUUCAAUACUGUUCAAUAUUGUUAACAAUGCUGUUCUCUGGAAAAUAUUUUAUUCACAUGAAUUAAUAAAAUAUAAUGAUUUGUUCUACCA